CCGCCUUUGCCUCUGAUUCGUUCGCUAAUUAUUAGCCCAAUCGAUGCGCUCUCCUACAAUUUCUUCUUCCUCAUCUCCUCCUCCUUCCUGAGCGUGAAGGGAAGAGGGGACGAGCGAACAGAGCGUCUCCCUCCAUCCGUAGGGUUUCCCCCAUCGCCCCCACCCCCCCAACGAGUCGCCUCGCGCCUCUCCUGAUUUCGAGCCGGAGAACCCUCGAUUCGUCGAUUCCGGCUCUGAUCUUUGGCGAUUCGCCUUAGCGAUGGAGGAGGAGACUGCGAAGAUGGAGAAACAUCUGUCCUCAGCUGCUGCUUUUGUCGAAGGGGGCAUCCAAGAUUCUUGCGAUGACGCCUGCAGCAUUUGUCUUGAAGAGUUCUGUGAGAGCGAUCCUUCGACGGUUACUGGAUGCAAGCAUGAGUUCCAUCUCCAGUGCAUUCUCGAGUGGUGUCAGAGAAGUUCUCAAUGUCCUAUGUGCUGGCAGUCUAUCUCUUUGAAGGAUCCGACAAGCCAGGAACUCCUUGAGGCUGUGGAACGUGAGAGGAACAUUAGAAUAAACCAAACACGAACUGCAACUAUAUUUCGUCACCCAGCACUUGGAGAUUUUGACCUGCAGCAUUUGGGUGGAAAUGACACAGAACUUGAAGAGCGCAUAAUGCAGCAUUUAGCGGCUGCUGCGGCGAUGGGAAGAGUGCAUCAUAUUUCUAGGAGAGAAGGGCAUCGCGGUAGGGGAGGAUCUCAUCGGCACUCACAGUUUCUGGUUUUCUCCCCACAUCAAAAUGCACCCUAUAUUGGCUAUCGAUCUUCUUCGGCACAAGGAGGAGAUAAUGAAUCGAUCCCUGCUAUAAUUGCUGCCAGCCCAUCAUCUGUUCUAAAUGCUCCAACAGAGGAAUCUUCAAGCCAAGGAACACAUAUAAAUCUAGCUCAAGGUGAGAGGAGUGCUGCAAUAGCUACUGAAAUUACUACCAGCCAGAGCAGGCCCAGACUUUCCGCUAGCAGGACCUUUGCUGGCCAGUCUUCUCCAAUUGUUCAUGACAGACCAGGACCAUCAGAUUUGCAAUCUUUCUCAGAAUCUCUGAGAUCUCGUUUGAAUUCUGUUUCGAUGAGGUAUAAAGAGUCUAUCACCAAGAGUACUCGAGGAUGGAGGGAGAGGCUCUUUUCUCGUAACAGUUCUGUGGCAGAUCUUGGUUCAGAAGCUAGGAGUGACGUUAAUGCUGGUGUUGAUACAUCCUCACGCAUGGUAGAUCGCCUAGAGACAAGAGAAAAUAGAACCAAUGUUUUCACAUUUCAUGAUGCUGAAGUUCACUCAGCUUCAGAAGUGAAUAACGAAGGGGUUACUGGGAAUCGAGUUGACAGUCAUCCAAGUGAUGGUACUUCAUCGGCGCCUUGUUGUGCAACUUCCAGUCCUAAUUGAGCUUCAUCCAAAAAUCUGGACAUGCUUCUGGUAUUAAUCACUAAAGGAAUGGUAAAUAUGUGCAGAUAUAUGAUGUGCUGAAUGCUUUGCUUACCCCAUGAUGUACACUCACUGAGGUGGACUUAAAAAGAGGUUGAGAUGGGAGCGCUUUUAUUUGGAUCCAAAAGGAUUGCUUCUGUUCUUUUUUUCCCUUAACUUCUUUCAAUUAUGUAAAUUUGUUGAUGAUGAACUUGUCAUCUUAAAUAACAAAUAUCACACUUUUGUAGCAAACUUGUUAUGCCUUAUUCUGUGUAGAUGUAAUAUAGUAGCCAAAUUGUAAGCAUAAUAUAUAUUUGUAUGCUGGCAGAAUGUUGAGAUGAUUUGCGGAUUGCUGUUUGGAAUGACAUUAUUUUACACGAAAAACUUGGGGA